CUGCUGUUGCGCCUGCCAGGAUCUCAAUGUGGAGAAAUGACCGCGAGUGACCUCAAAGGAAACACUGUAUUUUAGCGCUGCUCGCAUUUUUAUCCUACACUACAUUAAAGCAAGAAUGUGUGUUUAAUUUUAGCUUGAUAUCUUAUGGUAAAACGACGUCAUAUCAGGGGAAAGAGUAAGGUCUAACGUUAGCUGAUCGCUCGGUUGUCUCACUAGCUUGCAAGCGGCUAGCGGUUAGCUAGCUAACUUAAAGCAGCCCGGUUUGUCAUUGCUAGCGGCCGGGCUUCCUGCAUUUGGUUUCCCGCAGAUGCUAAGCUAAGCUAGGCUAGGCUAGGCUAGCUGCUGCCAUGGAUAAAGCAAAGUCAAUGAUGGACAAGAAGGGAGCGUCGGUACCCUUUCUUGUCAACAACGGGCAGAGCCAGAGGGGGUUUCACGGCCACGUCGUUGUGGCCGCUAACGGCAGCUGCUGCAGCGGCAGCGCCUUCGGCUCAGGCACCGGACCCAACAGCAGCAGCACGUUUGAGAACAUGCAUCAUCUGCACCACGGCGACGACGCCGAGUGCAACGGGUCCCCGGCCAAGAGGUGCAGGCUGCGGAGGAGGACGGAGUCGGUUAGACGGAACAGACCCCCCUUCCCCUGGUUUGGUAUGGACAUCGGUGGCACCUUGGUGAAGCUGGUGUACUUUGAGCCAGUCGAUAUAACUGCCGAGGAAGAACAGGAAGAGGUGGAAAACCUCAAGUCCAUCCGCCGCUACCUCACCUCAAAUGUGGCCUAUGGUAAAACAGGCGUUCGUGACGUCCACCUGGAGCUGAGGAACCUGACCAUGUGUGGCAGGACGGGGAACCUGCACUUCAUCCGCUUCCCAACGCAAGCUAUGCCCCGUUUUAUCCAGAUGGGGCGCGACAAGAACUUCUCCAGCCUGCACACAACACUCUGCGCCACUGGAGGCGGGGCGUACAAGUUCGAGAACGAUUUCCGAACGAUGGCCGACCUGGAGCUGCUGAAGCUGGAUGAGCUGGACUGCCUGAUCCACGGCCUACUUUUCGUUGACCGGGUGAGCUUCAACGGACACCCAGAAUGCUACUACUUCCAGAACCCGUCGGACACCCAGAGCUGCGUGAAGAAACCCUGCACCCUGGACAACCCUUUCCCAAUGCUGCUGGUCAACAUCGGCUCCGGGGUCUCCAUACUGGCCGUGUACUCGGAGAGCAACUACAAACGGGUGACUGGGACCAGUCUCGGAGGUGGUACAUUCCUGGGGCUUUGCUGUCUGCUGACGGGCUGCGAGACGUUCGAGGAGGCGUUGGAAAUGGCCAGCAAGGGUGACUCUACCAACGUGGACAAACUGGUGAAAGAUAUCUACGGAGGAGACUACGAGCGCUUUGGCCUACAGGGCUCUGCUGUCGCAUCUAGUUUUGGUCACAUGAUGAGCAAAGACAAGCGAGACAGCAUCAGUAAGGAAGACCUGGCCAGAGCCACACUGGUCACCAUCACUAAUAAUAUAGGAUCCAUAGCACGGAUGUGUGCUGUCAAUGAGAAAAUCGAGCGCGUGGUGUUCGUGGGGAACUUCCUUCGUAUCAACACAGUGUCCACAAAACUGCUGGCCUACGCCAUGGACUUCUGGUCUAAAGGACAACUAAGAGCCCUCUUCCUGGAACAUGAGGGUUAUUUCGGAGCUGUGGGGGCGCUGAUGGAGCUGCUCAAGACAACAGAGGACCCGUGAAGGGAACUGUGUGACAUCAUCGACCCUCGACAAGACGAUGUCGUUCACCCCCGGACGCUGUGAUGUCAUCAACUCUCGAUGCUGUGACAUCUUCAACUUUUGACGCUGCUGAAAGGUCCCGCUCACAGAGGCCGCUAAAGGAACACUAAGAGAGAGACACAGAAACUGAGAAAAGCCAUUUUAAUAAUUUAACUCUUGUAAAUAAUGACAACCUCUAACAUCCAUCUCUUAAAUUUCCCAAACAGAGUCCCCCUAUUAUAGAGGUUUUAAUAUUGUAAUCUUUAAUUUAUGGUUUCCUGUAAUGAGCUCUGUUGAUUCCUGACAUCAGCCCAGUGUCAGGAAGCCCAGAGACACAGAAUAUUCUAGUGUUUUUGUCUGUUUGUGGGUGUGUGCGUGGUUGUGUGUGUGUAUGUGUGUGUGUGUGUGUUUGUAUUUGUUUUUGUGUGAAUAGCUACUGUAGCAUUACUUCCUGGAGGCUGUGGUUCCCCGGGUGACUAUUUGUGCAACAGUUCUUUAAGAUACAAUGUCUGCACAGAAAUUAAGUUACUCUCGAAAGAGCAAUUGGGCAUUUUUACCACCGGGGACUCACAGGAAUUCAUUUUCUACGACCACAGAAACAUCGUCUGAGCGCCAGUGCCUGCCCUCAUCUGUCAGAGAGCAGACGGACAGCUGUAGCUGAAUGUUUCGGUAAUGCUAAUUUCUGGUUGUUGCUGAUGCUGUAAAACCAUCAAGGCUGCAGCUAGUGGUCAGCCAGCUCCAGACUGCAGCCUUGCCGCAGCUGUUUUGUUGUUGCCUGUGUGUUGCACAAAAAGUUGCCCAGCACACCACCGUCUUCUGAGGAGUGCACUGAAGCCAAAUCCUGGUGAGAUUCGUACGACAUCUGUCUCCUUCAGCUCCGAUGGGAAGCAGAAAAACAGUCUGAAAUUUUUUCUGUUGCUCCACUGCACAUGGCCUUUGCUUUUAGUUUUGUCUCUCCCCCAUCUACCCACAUGCAAACACAGUAAACAACACCGUACUGCCGCGCACGCGUACUGCUCCUAACCUGCUGAGUUUAGUGUUAGACAACGGGACCAAGACAUUGUCUUCCAAUGGAUAAUGCUACAGCUGUGUCUAAAUUAUGGAUUUCUGUUGACUGGCAUCACCACAAGUAGAGGUCAGGACCCAGUCCGACUCAGCAACUUGCGUUUGUGAUUUGUGAAAUAUUACGGGAUCUCCUGUUGGGAAUCAUCUUUCCUUUUUCACUUUACCUCCCCUGUCUGUCAGUGUCUAGCACUUGAGCAGGGUGGAGGCCUGAUUCCUCAUCCUCUAGCUUCUCUACCGCCCUGCUGCCUUGUUCGGGUGUUGCAUUGUGAUGUAAUGAGGCAUUCAGGCUGAGCUAAUGCAGCGCUAAUGCUCCAUGUGAAUCCUGGCAUAAAAAAAAAAAACUUCAGCGACCCCACUCUCGAUGCAGAUGAAGAAGAAAGGCAUCGCCGUCUGGGAGACAAUGGGGACCAAGAUGCUUUUAGCCCAGAGUCGCCCCUGAUGCAAAUUUGCUAGCCGUGGAAUCAGUUCAGCUUCUGUAGACCAGACUGUGGUUUGACUGUCUUAAUAGUGCAGAUAUUGUGCAUAACAAUUGGCGAUCUGUUGUCAAAGGGCUGCAGGGUCCCGGAAUUGUAAAAACUGUGCGAAAACCUCUAAUCCUCUACUUGCAGAAAGAUACAUUGUCGUAGCUGGCCGGCUUUCUCCUGCUACAACCCUGAUGAUCCCUUUUUCUCUUCUCACAUCAUUUCCGAUACUUGAUGCUUAAUUUCAACUGACAGUGAAACCUGGGGACAUGGCCCAUGCCCAGGUCCAGAUUGACUAAACUUGAGUUUCAAGGGGCAGUUGGCAGCAUUGAUCAGAAUUAACCGCGCUAAUGCAAACCAGGUUGUGGCGCAAACAAGACGUUGAAAUAGCUCAUCUGCCAGUUGCUCAGUUCGCAAGCAUCUGUCUAAGGACAGCCAGUCGGGGCAUCCUCGUGUGUGGAAACUGCCGGUUUGUCAUGAUCCCCCUUUCUCUGAGUCCAAAUCCACACUAGCACAUGCACCUUAGUAGAGAUUUAAGUGUUUAAAUUGCAUAUUUACUGAAUACUUGAAAAUGCUAGUCUGCGUCUGCUAGUGUGGAUCUGUCAGAUUUCAGUGAAGCCAUGACCUGGGAUUCUGGGAUGGUAAAACCCUUCUGCUUGCUUGCCUGAAUUCUGAGUGGAGAAAGUCUCUUUAGAAGAAAAUCUUACCUGAUCUGCGACAAUUUGGUUAAAUUGAAAUUGAAAAUUACAUGCACACCUCAUACUGUAGGCAAGGUUUGUCACAUGCAUGGCAGUGACGGCUGUAAAGAAGCGUCGUCAUCAGUGAGCUUUCUGGCCACCAACAGUGAACUAUAGAAUUAUUAGAUUGUCGCUGUUUUGAAGAAACAUGGACCACAAGUGUAUAGUGUUCUGUAAUGUCAUGGUAAUGCCCACCCUGGACCUUUUUACAGCCUUUAAUCUCCGUUUAUUGUCGAAGCAGCUGAACUAUAAAGCUGGACGGUGUAAUCUCCACUGUCCACUGCUUUAUUUAUUUAUUACCACCUUCUACAUGCCUUUACUCUCCACGCAGAGAAACUUUGCUCUUUCCAUUUUCGGAAUCACUCUUUGUGAAAUUCAACCCUCAUCUCUCAGUUGUUGUACACCAGGCGAUUUAUUGUUAAAUACCUCCAAACCAUCACUACCAACACUUUUGGGUGGGUUAGUUUUCCGUGUUUCUGAGCCUGACAUACAAGUGUUAGUUCAGCACCGGGGAUUUUCCCGACGAUACCGGGUGGUUUAUUCAUUUCGCCUACAGUAUGAUAAUGAAGAUAAAAUCCUAAUUAGCUAGCUGAACUUUAUGCAGGUAUUCUGAACGCGUUAUUGGCAAAAUUGACUGAUUGCGCUUAUCUCCGCUUCACCAUCUAACAUACAGAUGGACUACACUUCGACCCCGACUAAUAACAUGUUUGCUGACACGCAGUUCUGUUUUGCUUUUUAGUUCAUUUGUAAAAACAGCCACUUUGUUCUUAGGAAGUUGUUUUUUCAAGCUAAUGUUUUUAUCCACAGCAGCUCACAAUACACUAACAUUUAAAACCUUUUGCUGUGAAAUUGAAGAUUCAACAUUUGAAGAAAUUAUACAUGCAAAAGUAUAGAGUGGACAGAAUCCAAAUAGAUUAGGGUCCUUUUUAAUCCAUAACUCAUCAGGUAACAGAAUAAUCACAUUUUACAGAGUGAAUCAUCUGUAGUUCGUACAUACUAAAAGUUAAAAAAAAUAAAAUUUAAAAAAAAAAAUCCUACUGUGGAUAUAUUGGGUGUAUUGUCUGAAAUAAUCCAAAUGCCAAUGCUCAUCCAGGUGUUAAGAGUAAAACUGUGGUGAAAUAUUAGUUGAGUAGUUGUAUUUUGGAGGGAGGUUUUGCAACCACUUCCUCAGAAAACAUUUAACCAUCAAUGUGUUUCAGCCUGUUUUCAGCUGUGAUGACGCUGCAGAUGUUCUUUUUGGGUGCUCUCUGGUCUGUUUGUUUUUUGUUUUUUGUUUGUUUUGUUUCGUUUUUGUUUUUUGUUUUUUUUCCCCCCUAAUUUGCCUUGUUCCAUCUCAUGUUUGGAAAUUACCAGUGGCCUCAACCUGCCAGGUGCCACUCAGCUUUAAAAUCAGGCUUGUGUUGAUUUUCUCGUGCCACCCUUUCUCUUACUCUGAAAAACCCCAUCUGUUGCCUACGCCGCAUGUUAUCCUGGUUACACAAUGUUUGUGCCCUUCGGUUCUGUGUGGGAUUUAAUUUCACUUUCUUAUCUGCUGAGCUUCACCUCAGCUUUUUGCAAUGGUCUGCAUGCAGGUAUGUUUUUAUGGUCGGGUUUCACUCUCGUGUUCCGUGUUUUCUUUUUCUUUUUGUUUUGUUUUGGGUUUUUUUGUUUGUUUGUUUGUUUGCUUUGCGUUUUGCCAUUGUAUUGUAACAGAAGAUUCAGUGCCGUUAACACACAUUCACAGUUUGACCAUCGGUGUUGUUUGGCAUUCACAAUUCACCUGCAAGUCCUAAAUGUGUCUUACUAAAAGAAAACUGCAUUAACUUCCACUAGCACUGUAAAGACUUUGGUUCUAAAAUUUGAGAAUUUUGGAAAGCCACAAGAUUCUUUAGAUAUCCCAGAUUAUUACUGAUGAGAACUCAAAUUUUACAUGUUUUCCAACCUUUCUUUUCAAUGUUUUUUUUUUUUUUUUUUUUUUGGCAACAGUUUGGUUUGGGAACAUUUUUUAAAAGACAUAACCUUUUACUAAAAAGGAAUGUCUUUUUAUUAUUUUUAUCCUGCCAGUAAUUAAUAGCAAUGUGAGUUAAUGUGUUUUUCCCACGUCAUCUUAAAAUACUGUUUUACCGAAUUUCUUUUUAGUUGUUUUUUAGUUGGCACAAAAGAACCAGUGUGAUUGUUUUCAGAAAUGAAAAAUCCCUGCUAUUGUGUUUUAUCAGGCAGAGGAAACGUUUUCAGACAUGUUGUGAUUUGUAGCACUUAUAAAAGUGAUCAGAGUCUAGCUGCGAGUUGUACCUUUUUAAAAACACAUAUCAUCACUGUCCUACAGAACCUUUUUAUCUUAAAACAGUCGACACCAAAGUGGAAGGAGCAUUUAUUUAUGGAAGCCAGUGUCAGUGCUAUCUUUUGGAUGGAAAUAGAUCAAUGAAGACAUACAUGGGAAAACAUUUUAUGAUGAUACACAAUCUCUGUAGAAUAUAGAUGACAUGUGUUUUAAAGUUGUUUAGUUUUAAAGUGUACCUGUAUGUUCCUAGUGAUGGUAUGAUUGCAAGUUAUAACAUCAUUUUCAUACUGAUCCAAAACUGUUCCGAGCCAGUGUUACAGACUGUCAUGGGAAUAUCGUGGGUUCAAAUACUUUAUUUGUAUUUUUGGACCUACAGUGAUGAUUGUACUGGUGUACUGCUGCAGCUUCCAGGUUUUUGACUCCAAAAACCGAUUUAACAACACUAUGGAAUCUAAAUUCAUCACCUAAACUGUACUAAUGGUCACGCAAAGCAGUGUCACAUGUAGCACUGUGGCUGACGUUUUUUCCGAACGAAAUUUAAAGCGUUUCAAACAUUUUCUGUAACCACACCACAGAUACAGUAUGAAGAAAGAAUUCAGUCAUUUAAGUAAACCAGCUUUUAAGCAUUUUUUUUUUAUUUUUUUUUACUCCUGGUACCACAACUUAAUGUGGAUGUUUGUCUGCUUUGAUAACGGUCUGAGGUGUGAUUUUUUUAGAGUUUGGGGUUUGAACAUCAGUAACACUUUGCGGUUCAUUUCCCAAAGGGACCAUCUGUGCUCAGAUCAGUAUGUAUUUCUUUGUACUUUAAGGAGCUUUGUCUUAAAGUGUCCAUCGAGUGGCAAAUGUUAAUGUCAUGCAGAGCGGAAUCUAACCAAAAGGCUAUGCAGCAACACUUCCAUCAAUCUCUUUGUCCCUUUCAACAAACUCACCUCUUCUCUGAACCUACCACAGUGGAUAUGACUUGUCUGUAAAUAUUUUUAAAAAAUAUAUGCAACCCUGUUAGUUUUCCCCUCUAAGAAUUUCUGUUUGAAUCUUGACGGAGAGAGUUUCUCCUCCAGAAGUUUCUGUCCUGCUGAUUUAUUUGUUAACUCUAUUUGAGGUGGAUGCUCGCAACAGGAUGUUGUGGACUGAAUUAUGCACCAAAAUGAACGCGCCAAGCGUGUUUUUUUUUGUUUUUUUGUUUUUUUUUGUUUUGUAUUUUUUUGACACUGUGGCAUUUUAACGUCCUUGUCACAUACAGUAAAAAAGCUUUUCGACAUACCCACAGUUAUCUUUGAAUGGUUCUGUUAAUACAGACCCUGGUCCUACUCACACUGUACAUCUUGUUGGAUAAAUGACCCUGGCCGAAUUUGUUUAAACUUAAGUCUCGCCUUUUUUUUUUUUUUCUUUUACGUCAGUGUGUUAAAGAAGUCUGUGUGACUUCAGGGUUGAUACCAAACUGUAAACACCUUGUUGCAUACUAGUCACAGUGACACGGUGCUCCUUGUGACCUCCUGACCUUUUGCUUGUCCAAUAUUUUUCACCCCACCUAGCUACACACCGUUAAGGAUUUCCCCAGGGGCUCUUAAUCUGGUCGAACAUCCUGUUGCGUGAAUCACAUCCAGCCUUUAAACUGUCCUCUGGAAUGCUUGACUGGCAGGACAGACCUUUUCACCCUUGUGUAUUUGAUUGUACAGAGAUUUUGUAAAUAAUAUUAAUAUGAUAUAUUCUACACCAGCAAUCUGUCUGUUGAUUAAAUUGUUUCAGCUGUUCAGGGCCAGGUUUCCCACCCAGGACUCAGCACUCCAUUUACAAUCCCAGAGCAGACAGGAGACACAUCGAGACAAACCACUUUUCUCUGCGGCUUUAUCACCUUUAACAGCAACUUUACCAGAGCUGUGAUAAAUAGGAUUAGCAGCUACUUUUAGGAGUCUGUGUUAACCUGCUUGUGGUAUACGAUUGAUGGGAUUUCCCUCAUUAGGACUAGAUACAUUUCUACAUGUUUUUUGUGGUUGUGUGUUGAAUCCACCAAUCUGAUAAUUUUUUUUUAACUUUAUUGUCACUUUAAUGUAAUUUCCACUAUUCUAUUCAAGUCCAUUUGACUUUGAUUUAAAAAAAUAACUAUCCUAAAAAAACUCGAAUGGUGAUUGAGAACUAAAUUAAGUCUUUUUAAGGAGGAAUGUGGUAUGUUGAAUUAGAUGUUUCCUCUUCACUUUGAAUUGUUUAACUAAUUUUGAUGCUUUUGGAGGCCACAGUCCGGAUGCCUGUUUUCUGUCUGCUGGAUUUCAGUGGCAGUUGUUCACCUCAGCUCCUCUGUGAUCUGGAUCAGGGUGUGAAAGUUUUGGGAAGCCCAGUGCUGGUUCUUGGCGUCAGUUCUGCUGCUGCUUUUAACUCUGGUUUGAAAAAAGGGUUAAAAAUUUAAAAAAAAAAAAAAAAAAAAAGGCUCCUUGCCUUGUGCAAUGUG